GCUAAAUCCGAAGAGAUAGAAAGCGAUGGGGCACAAAGAAAAAUCAAAAGAGCGAAAAGAAAAGAGAUCGCAAGAGAUAUCACUUCUGAGGACCAUUCCUUAUUCUGAUCACCAGAGGUGGUGGUCUAAGGACACAGUUGCGGUGGUUACUGGUGGAAACAGAGGAAUUGGUUUUGAGAUUUCUAGACAACUUGCUGAGCAUGGAUUAACUGUAAUACUAACAUCAAGAGAUGCAAGUGUUGGUGUUGAAUCGAUUAAGGUUUUGCAAGAAGGUGGUUUGGACGUGGCUUGUCAUCAACUUGAUAUAUUAGAUUCUUCAUCCAUCAACCAAUUUGCAGAAUGGUUGCAGGAAAAUUAUGGUGGCUUAGAUAUUCUGGUAAAUAACGCAGGUGUUAAUUUCAAUGUAGGGUCUGAUAAUUCUGUUGAAAAUUCUCGUAAGGUUAUUGAAACAAAUUAUUAUGGCACCAAGCGUAUGAUUGAAGCUAUGAUUCCAUUAAUGAAGACAUCCACUGCUGGUGCUCGUAUUGUAAAUGUUAGCGCUCGCCUAGGUCGACUAAAUGGCAAACGAAAUAGAUUGGAGAAUGAAGCUUUGAGGGAGCAAUUAAGCGAUGUGGAAUCCCUUUCAGAGGAAGUGAUUGAUGGGAUUGUAUCAACUUUUCUGCAACAAGUAGAGGAUGGAACUUGGGAAUCAGGAGGAUGGCCUCAAAAGUUUACUGAUUACUCAGUGUCAAAAUUAGCAGUUAAUGCUUAUACGAGGUUUAUGGCAAGGAAGCUUUCUGAGAGACCUGAUGGUCAAAAAAUUUAUAUUAACUGCUAUUGCCCUGGUUCGGUCAAAACAGCUCUUACAGGUUAUGCAGGAAGCGUUACAGUUGAGGUAGGUGCUGAUACUGGAGUAUGGCUUUCUCUUCUUCCUGACCAAGCAAUUACAGGGAAGUUUUUUGCUGAGAGACGGGAAAUUAACUUUUAAGCACUGGGAAUUUGGGGAUUAGAAGAUUCAAAUUGUGACCUAUUCCACAGACUGCUGCAAAAACGAAGAAGAAAUUUUAAAACAAAAAUAAUAAUCUUAUUCAUUAUAAAUUGGGGAAAAUAAUCAUACAAGGACUACCAUCGUAUUUUGGGAUUGGGAUGAAAUGAUAAAUUUUCCUAACAAUUCGUCAAUGUGACUUCCCAUUAGAUUAUUUGAGACACUUUCAUGAUCAUCCCUUGGAAGUCUUACCAUGUUUA